AUGAUCCAAUCUCUUCCCACACGCUUCAUCAGACCCUGUACUAGGACUCUUCUUUCUACGACUACAACAAGAGCACUCAACACUAUCGCACGAACUUCUCUAGCGACCCCAAAAACAUCAACCACAAGUUCAUCCAAACUUCCAAGAACCAGUCUCCCACUUCCUCUUUACAACCAAUCCAGCAAAAUGUCGACCGGAACCAAGUCCGCCUCCGCAGCCAGCCACGCUGAGCUCAACCGCAACUCCCUCUUCAACCUCGCGGGCCGCGUUGCCCUUGUAACCGGCGGCGGCACUGGCAUCGGCCUGAUGGCUACACAGACCCUCGCCGUCAACGGCGCCAAGGUGUACAUCGUCGGCCGCAACAAGGAGAAGCUGGACAAGGUAGUCGAGAUCUACAACAAGGACAUCGAGGGCGAGAUCAUCGCCCUGCAGGCGGACGUGACCAAGAAGGAGGACAUUGCCGCCUUGGUCAAGGAGAUCGAGUCGCGCGAGAAGUGCCUCUGCAUCCUGGUCAACAACGCCGGCGUUUCCUCUUCGAGCGUCACCACCGAGGCCAGCGACCCCAAGGAGCUCAAGCACAACUUGUUCGAGAACAAGGACGCUACUUUCGAUGACUGGACCGAUACCUACCGCACCAACGUGGCUAGCAUUUACUUCAUGACCUCUGCUUUCCUUCCCCUCUUGCAGGCUAGCACCGAGCGCCACCCCGGCUGGUCCGGCACCGUGAUCAACAUCAGCAGCAUCAGCGGUCAGGUCAAGUCGGCACAGCACCACUUCUCUUACAACGCCAGCAAGGCGGCCGCUAUUCACUUGAACCGCAUGUUGGCUGCCGAGAUUGCCAACGCCGGUCUCAAGAUCCGCGUCAACAGCAUUGCGCCCGGUCCCUUCCCCAGCGAGAUGACGGCCGAGGAGAGCGAUGAGUUCCAGAAGAGCCACAUCCCCAAGGAGAAGUACGAGUCCAAGUACCCUGGUGCUCGUCCCGGUCGCGAUAUAGAUAUUGCGCAGGCGGUGCUGGGAUUGGUGUCGAACCAGUUCAUCAAUGGCGAGACGUUGGCUGUUGAUGGUGGUUACAAGUUGGCUGCUGGACUCUAA